CAGAGCUCACCUCUCCUGCCCAGAGCCCCGCUGCCUCCAGCCCAUCCUCUGCCAGACUCAGCGACACAAUGCAGCAGCUGCAUCUUCUCUGCCUCGGUCUCCUGGUGCUGGGAUGUAUCCUGCACGUGCACGGCGGCAACAACGUCCUGGACUGCUGCCUGAGGACGAGCGAGAAUCCCAUCCCGCGGCGGAUCGUGCAGAGAUAUCAGAUACAGCUGGUGCAGGACGGCUGUGAAAUCCCUGCCAACGUGUUCAUCACCGUGAGGGGCAAGCGCCUCUGCGCCCCGCUCGAAGCCCCAUGGGCUGUUCGCCUCCGGGAGAAGCUGGACUCUGGCUCUGCCAGGAAGGUCCCAAAUAAAGGCAAUUAGGCUCUGAAGAAGCCUGUGGCUGGCCCCAGCACCCAUAUCGGGGCCAGCUCUCAGCUGUGAAUCUGAAGCUCAUGAAGCCGACUUGCUUCCACCUCCUACUACAGUGCACGGGGCCAACCCUCCUCGGGACUCAUGUCAGUGCAUGGGGCUUGUCACAGCCCUGCAGCUCUCUCUUCUCCCCUCUGCCACCAGUGUGACUCAAAAACCUGCGUCAGGCUGAGCCGGGGGCUGCUGGACCAGAGUCUCCGCUCCAAGGGUGCUCGGCAUCUCCAGCACCCUUGCAGCCAGGAGGCUGGUUUGAUGGACUGAUCUGUGAGAUGAGUUUUGGGGAUCCCAGCCUUCCUCUGAGCGCCAGUCUGUUCCCUCGGGUUUCCAUCAUCAGCCUUGAACCUGAGCGCCUUCUGCAUCCCUGGGAAGGGCAGCGGGGAUGGGACUGUGCAGGGAUGGAGGGGAAGGGGUAGGGAUGUUUGUCACCACUAGGUCGGUCGCGUGAGGUCCUCCAGCUUUCCCCCUCCUGCCCUUCCCUGCCCAGGUGGAAAUGGAGCCAGUGCCAGCAUCCAUGGUUUGUCCCAGCCUGGCACCACUGGCUGCUGUGGCAUAACUCUGGUGUCCACUUGGCCAGGGCCUUACUCACAGGAUGGGAAUGGUGGAGGGUCCCUGCCCUUGUCAGGGACAUCGUCCUCCUUCUCAGUCCCCAAGCCUGCCACCGUGGUCAAAGCCUGCCUGGUGCUGCUGCCCGGGCAGGGAUGCAAGAGCAGCGCUUGUGCUGUGCUCAGGUAUUUGCUGCUAGAUCUGCUCAGUGCAAAAAUUACGGGUGUUAGCUGCUUCUUUCCUUUCUUUUUUUUUUUAUAUUUUUUAUUUUUUUUUUCUCUGGAUUUGUUAAAUAAAAAGAAAAGCCUA